ACCCAAGGCUCCACUCUCUGUCCACUUCUGCUGAUAUCACUCAUUCUCCAUUUGUGGAGAAGUUGUCCUUUAUUUUCCUCUUCCCCUUUUAACAGCAGCUGGGCCACUUUUUACUGUGUGUCUUCCUGAUUCCAGUAUAUUUACUGAAAAACAAAUGUGUUAUUUGACAUCCCCCAAGCCACACACAGAGCCAUUUGCUUAGAUUUCACAGCACAAGAAUACAUACAUUAGAGCCCCAGGGUGUCCAUCAAACUUGGCCUUGCUUUAGGGUACUCAUGGUUUACCCAUCUUCAACCUACACCUCCAUUUUUUCAGAGUGCAGGGACCCCUGAUCAGACCCCAUCUCUCAGAACCAUGUGGCAGAGCAAUAAAUCAAUCUAUUUUCUGACCCACUGGGACAGUCAGUUUGAAGAACAGCCCUGAACCAAGAGUACUUACCCAAAUGUCAGUAUGCCCGCCUCCCCCCGCCCCCACCAUGUUGGUCAAGGUGAACUUCAGCUUGCUCCUGGGGUCUUGAAGCUGUCCCACUGCCCCAUCUGGCCUCCCUCCCAAACCUAAGCCAUAAACCUAAAUCUGCCUGCUUUCAGAAGAUUCAUUCUCGUAGAACAUACCUUUUUUGAUUGGCCCUGCUGUUUAGAGGCCCUUGGGGAAGAAAGCAAGUGAGAAUCGGGCUCCCAAGUCAAACUCUGACCCUUCCCACCUGACUUUCACACACACUAAAGAAAGAGCUCUGGGGCCAGGCAGACCUGGGUCUGAAUCCCAGCUCAGCCACUUACCAGUUGUUGUUAGGCAUGUGAUUUAACCUCCUUGAUCUAUUCUCAUCUGUAAAAUGGAGAUAGCUAAACAUAACUCAGAGCUCGUGUCAGAUAAAACAAGACGAAGAAAGUACAGUGGUCAGCACAGAGUACAGUGGAGCUCCACAGGUGUGAGUGCUCAUCUUCUUGGCUUCAUUAGCCAGACCGGAAGUGGAAAUGCUUAUGUGGCUGACAGACUCCAAGUUUGAGGCCUAGGGGCUGUGGCCUGUAGUGCAUGUGGGGGUGGUACUUGGUCUUGGUGUUCUUCCAGUGCUGAAUGGAGUGUUCUGUGUGGGUCCAGGGACUCUGUGGGAGCCCAGCCAGCCAAAAAUGAGCUGCCCGGGGCCAGGUGUAUGUGGCCAUCACCAGGACACCCAUGCUGGCCCAGGCCAGGACUUUGACCAUGGGUUGCCUAUAGUCCUUCUGAACUUUGAAAAGGAAAGGAAAGUUCCUCUUGGCUGUGCUUAUCACCUUUGAACCUGUUAUCUUCAGAGCCAUAAACCCAACCCAUUAGGCUAUAAAAGUGACUCAUUUCAAAACGCUCUCCCUGCAGCCUGCUCCUGGACGUGCACCACGCACCACGGUAACCAGAGGCCAUCACCAUGUCUAAGGACCAGAAUGGAACCUGGGAGAUGGAGAGCAAUGACAACUUUGAAGGCUACAUGAAGGCACUGGACAUUGAUUUCGCCACCCGCAAGAUCGCAGUCCGCCUGACUCAGACCAAGAUCAUUCAGCAGGAUGGUGAUAACUUCAAGACGAAAACCAACAGCACGUUCCGCAACUACGACCUGGAUUUCACCGUUGGAGUGGAGUUUGAGGAGCACACCAAGGGCCUGGACAACCGGAUUGUGAAGUCGCUGAUCACCUGGGAAGGCAAUGUCCUCGUGUGCGUGCAGAAGGGGGAGAAGGAGAACCGUGGCUGGAGGCAGUGGGUUGAAGGGGACAAGCUGUACCUGGAUCUGACAUGCGGUGACCAGGUGUGCCAUCAAGUGUUCAAAAAGAAGUGAUGGCCAUGAGGGGCCUGCUCCACACUCCCAAUGAAGGGUUCUUCACCGGCUUUGAGACGAAGCCGUGGGGACCCUCCCACUCCUGACAGAGCCUGUUAAGACAUCUGGAUGGGUUUUACACGGAACGAAUGUGUACCAGUGACAAACAUAUUCUCCCUCCGUUGAAACCUGGCAUUAAAUGAAAAAACAAAACUCA